AUGGCAGGAACACCGGAAUUCUGUGCUCCAGAAAUCGUCAAUUUCGAUCCGAUAACUUUUGCAACAGAUAUGUGGGCGGUUGGGGUAUUGACUUACAUUUUAUUGACCGGUAUUUCACCGUUUGCUGGAGAUACACAACUUGAAACCUUUCAAAAUAUUCUCGAUUGUAUUGUUGAUUAUUCAAGAGAGGAAAUACAAAAUGUUAGUGAUCUAGCUAAAGAUUUUAUUCAGAAACUGUUGGUGAAAAAUCCCAGAAAAAGAUCUACGGUUAAUGAAUGUCUUCAACACCCUUGGAUUAAUCCUAAAGACAAUAAACAGUCCAAUUAUCGACGGGAUAGCUUAAUAAGCAAAGAAAAAUUAUCCAGUUUACGACAUUUUAUAGCUAUCAAUCCAAAUGCAAGUGUCUUAUCUCUGAAUAACAAUAAUAAAAAUACAGAAGAGCAAGAUAAGUCUCUGUCUUCGCCUACAUCACCAUUAUCUUCUGUUGGCAUAAAUGAUAGGGUACGAUUUUCUUUGCCAGAUAGUUCUGCUAUUAACAAAGUUCAAGAUACAGUGCCAUUAGACAAAAUUACAACUGAAUCAUCGUCAUUGAAUCAAACACUUGAAAAUAAACAGUUUUGUAAAAAACAACCAAAUCAGAACAGGAAUAACAGUAAUAGUGGUAGUAAAAUGAUAAAAAAUGAAAAAGUCACAGUCAUAAACCACAUAUUACAAGCAAAAAAUCUAUCAGCUUUCAAAACAAAUACCAGUGCUUGCUCAACGAAUUCUGGAUCUUCUGUUGUCUCCCAUGUAAACAACUCCCAAAACGCCGAAAAUCUAAAUAAACAAAGAAAUAGUGAUAUCAGCCUAUCAGAUUACUCCAUUCCAAUUGACAGUGUAAAAAAGUUGAAUCCACGCAAUUCACCUUGCGAUACUGUAUCUAAGACUAGUUCUUCUCCAAUUAUUAAUAAAAUCAAUAAUAAUAAUAAUAAUAGUUCGGGUACAAAUAUCAAUUCAAAAGUAUUCAAUGAUUUGACCAAUGACAAAACUUUAUCAGAUUCUACUUCAAAUAAAUCUAUUAUUAAUAGUAGUACUGUUAGUGGUAGUUGGCGUGUAAACUUUCAAAAUAAUAUAAUUGGUCGAUUGGGUGCAGCAUUUGCCGCAGCAACUGGACAUGUCACUACUUCCACACAUCAUCAUAUUUUAAAUGAAGUUAAUUCUUCUUGUGACCACCAGUUACCUCUUCCAGUUAAGUCAACUGGUAGUUCUUCCUCCACUUCCGCUAAUACUACUACCACUGCUACUACUCCUAGCAACAACAAUAAUAUUGCUUCUAAUACUACUGAUACCAUUAUUAAUACUACCAAUAAAAGUUUCAAUUUUGUUCAAUCUUCAAACGAAACUAAUAUUAAACAAUCCUAUUCAUCUUUCGGUGCUGUUUCUAGAGCAGUUAAAGAAUUAGAAAUUACUGCUAAUCCUUUGAAUAAUAAUAAUAACUCCAUAACUACUACCAAUACUACUACUAACAAUAACGGUAAUAUGGUUGACUUGAAAAUUGUUCGUAGGUUUCAAACUUUAGGAAUGAAUCAACUAACUGAAGCAACAUGUGUUAACCGUCCUUUGAUAAAUGGAUAUCCAAAUGAAAAGCCUAGCUCACAUCGUGGACCAUUAUCUAACUCAUCGAAUAGACUGAUGGUCAGUAGAUUACAAGAAAUGUUUGAAAGUGGCAAUACAAAAUCAUUACCGAGUUGUCAAACUAAUCGGACUAAUAAAACACUUGUGUCUGUUAUUCAUAAUAAUAAUAAUAAUAGCAUACCGGUUAAACUUAACACUACUACUAAUACUACUAACUGUACUACUGCUGUUACAACUACUUCUACCAGUAAACGUCUUUCUAUCAAUUAG